CGGAUGCCCCUCCGGCGUCAGCCGCUACGUCAUGGGCUCAUGGCGGCCACCUACUGACGGCUAUAGCUCUGAUCUAUAUAUAUAGACAUGCCUGCCCUGCGUUAUCACUAAGCAAACUUCUUCACACUUCGACAGAGUUAAGGUUUCUGAUCAUUCCUCUGCUCUAAGCUCUUUUUCUGAAAAAUCUCAAAAGAAAUGGCAGCUAAAUCAUACGAAGAAGAGCACCCAGUGAAGGUCUUUGGAUGGGCAGCUACCGAUACCUCUGGGCAUCUUUCACCUUUCAAGUUUUCCAGACGAGAAACGGGUGAGAAAGACGUGCAAUUGAAGGUUUUGUAUUGCGGCGUUUGCCACUCAGAUCUUCACCAAAUCAAGAAUGAAUGGGGCAGCACCACCUAUCCAAUUGUACCCGGACACGAGAUUGUUGGUGUGGUGACUGAGGUUGGGAGCAAGGUCGAGAAAUUUAAGGUUGGAGACAAAGUAGGUGUGGGGACUAUAAUUGGUUCUUGUCGCAGUUGCGAAAAUUGCGCUAACGACCUCGAAGUUUACUGUGACAAAGUACUAGUAACUUACAACGACACUGAAAUAGUUACUUAUGGAGGUUACUCGGACAUUAUGGUCGCCGACGAGCAUUUUGUGGUUCAUUGGCCGGAAAACUUGCCCAUGGAGGCUGCUCCUCUGUUGUGUGCUGGAAUCACAACUUAUAGCCCCUUGAGAUACUUCGGACUGGACAAGCCCGGAAUGCACAUCGGCGUGGUGGGGCUCGGCGGGCUGGGCCAUAUGGCCGUUAAGUUCGCCAAGGCUUUUGGAACCAAGGUGACGGUGAUCAGCACCUCGGUUGGCAAGAAACAAGAGGCAAUUGAGCGUUUUGGUGUAGAUUCGUUCUUGAUCAGUCAUGACCCUAAGCAAAUGCAGGCUGCAGUGGGAACAUUGGAUGGUAUAAUCGACACUGUUUCUGUCGUCCAUCCUAUUUUGCCAUUGCUGAGUUUAUUGAAGACUAAUGGGAAGCUUAUCUUGGUGGGUGCAAUUGAGAAGCCAUUGGAACUCCCAGUUUUCCCCAUCCUUACAGGAGGAAGGAAAUUAGUGGGCGCGAGUGCUACGGGAGGAAUGAAGGAGACACAAGAAAUGGUUAAUUUUUCUGCAAAGCACAACAUAACGCCCGAUGUUGAGAUUGUUCGGAUGGAUUAUGUGAACACUGCCCUGGACCGCCUUGUGAAAAACGAUGUUAAGUACAGAUUUGUGAUAGAUGUUGGGAAAACAUUAAAUGCUGCUACUUAAGCAAGAUGCAAACUUUAAUCUGGUUGCAGUGUUAGCUCAUAACAGAAGCUAAUUACAAUCAGCUCCAUCUAUCUAUCUCCAGGAAGCUAAGCUAAGCUACUCUGAUGCGUUUGAGGUUUUAGUGUGUGUUGUGAUGCUCAAGAGUUGUGCUGUGAUUUUGCUUAAACUGUAGGGUUUGAUUUAAAAUAAAAAAUAAUAACACAGCAUCAGAGUAGAGUACGUAUAGUGGCAUGCAUGCCCCGCUAGCUGCUACUUUUGUUUUGUUGGUUUCUUCAUCCACUUGCUAUUUUCUUGGUCGAUGUUGUACUCUCUGUACGUCAGACUUUGUCUACUUGCAGAAGGAAAUUUCAGUUCAUAUUUUACUUUUA